AAGUGCCCGGCAGUCUAUGGCUGAGUAGACACUUUAUUGGCACGGAGCCUUGGCCCAACCCCGGAAAGGGCUAUAAAACCCUCCGACCCCUGCGGCGGUGUUAUCGGAGUAUCAUACCAAGCCUAAUCUGUGUUUUCAACGGCCGAUGAGGACCCGGGCUUCAAUUUUUCCUGGUUGCGGGCCCUUUUUGGAAAAUUGCACCGAAGUCCGCAUUUCAUCCAAAAAAACACAGUAACCUCAUACCCAGCCCUUGCAAACCCCAAUUGCCCCUCCACCCCGCGCUUACCUUUUAUUCCUAAUACUUUGCACUGUUCUUAUCACAAAACCACACCCAUCUAACCUCCCAUCUACGCCCGCAGUGGCGGGGUUGCCAUGUCACUUGGAUCCCGGAUAUCAAGUUUCUUCACGAGUCCAUCUGCCGAACAAGACCGUCCGCGUCAACCUUCACCUAUAGCAAUUGCCCAUGAUGAUCCCGCGGUUAUAAACCCUCCGAGAGCGCGUGGACCAAUGUUUGAGGAUCAUGAGACGUUUGAGGCUCGAAGACCGCCAUACCUGCAUGUGAGUUUCUCCUCCAGAAGGAAAAAAAAGAAGAGAAAGAACCACGGCAAAACUUGAUGAUGGACGGAGGCAGCACUGACCCUUUUCUAAUACAAAGUGUAUGGUAGCCGGCGGUAUAGGAGGGAGUACGGGCGAUAUCUUGAUGCAUUCGCUUGACACUGUCAAGACUCGUCAGCAGGGUGCCCCUACAGCCAUCAAGUAUUCGACUACGUCUGACGCAUACGCGACUAUUUUUCGUGAGGAGGGAUUUCGAAGAGGGCUCUACAGUGGUGUCACUCCCGCUUUUAUGGGGAGUCUUCCAGGCACAGUCAUUUUCUUUGGGGUCUACGAGUUUUCAAAACGGAAUUUGAUCGAUGCGGGAUGUCCGGAGAAUUUGGCAUACCUUUCUGGUGGGUUUUUGGCGGAUCUCUUUGCGAGCGUGGUGUAUGUCCCGUCUGAAGUUCUGAAGACAAGGCUACAAUUACAAGGGAGAUACAAUAAUCCUUAUUUUAAGUCCGGAUAUAAUUACCGUGGCACGAUAGACGCAACUAGAACAAUCAUUAGAAGAGAGGGACCUGCAGCCUUGUUUUAUGGGUAUAAAGCUACAAUUAUGAGAGAUUUGCCAUUUUCGGCCCUUCAGUUCGCGUUUUACGAGCAGUUCCAGAAAGCCGCAAAAUCGUACCGUGGAUCCAGAGAUAUAGGGUUGCCGUUGGAGCUUGCUACAGCUGGGUUUGCAGGUGGUUUAGCUGGUGUUAUCACCUGCCCUCUUGGUGUGUCGCACUUUCACCUUGUAUAGAUUUCAGCGGAAUACUGACCCAGCAUAGAUGUUGUAAAGACAAGGAUACAGACACAGGUCCGAACGCCGCCCUCGCCCGCGCCCAAAGCAGCCACUACACCAACGUCCAGUGUGCGAGAGGGUUCUAGGCCGUUCACUGCACUACAAGCUUCGCCGCCUCCCCCGGCUCCCCCGCCACAGCAUAGGUCAAUAUCAACAUCAUCCCCGUCCACAACCUCACCUCCAAAAACUGGUCCACUAAAGUUCAAUACAUCCUCAGUUUUUGAAGGUCUCAAACUCCUCUACCGAACUGAAGGCAUCCAGGGCUGGUUCCGUGGCGUAGGCCCUAGGGCCGUGUGGACUAGUGUGCAAUCUGGGACGAUGUUGGUUCUAUACCAAUACCUCCUGAAGCAGCUAGAGUACUGGUCGGAAACCCAGUCAGAAGGGAAUCCAUUAUGAUAAUAGGGAGACUUUGGGAUCACGAAGGUUUGUUGAUGAGGGGAAGGGGUCGACUUUUGUAGAUAAAAGGGGGUUUUCGCUUCUUGUAGCUCAUAGACUAUGUAACCCCCCUUCUUUUUUUUUUUUUUUUUAUUGGCUUUCGAGUAGUGGGGAGUUUUACAUAUACACAUUUUUUUCACCGUAACGGGUUCGUAGAGCGAUACAGGUCCAGAGGAUAGAAGAGAAGUAGAGAAUUAGGAAGCAAUUGUAAAAGGCUUUGGGGGCUACUUAGUAAGGCAAUUCUUAUGACAUGGUGCAAUAGUGACAAGUAAUUUUUGUGGGCCUUCUCAAAGUUUAUGAUACUACAGGCUUUUACCACUGGGUUUUUGGUACCUUGCAGUA